CUGCAGCACGCGACAAACCAAGGCGGCGCUGAUGAUCGGUGACGGGCCCGCCUUUCACCUUUCUUUCUUCGGCCCUCCACUCGAUUCUACACGUCAGUUCCUCCUCUCAUUCUCUCCUCUGUCUGUUACCUACUUUCGUGUAUUCCUUCAGGCUGCUGUCUGAGCUCAGAAUCUCUAUUCCCUUUCGUUUUUUAUCUUUUCCACCCAACCCUCAUCAUCACCUUAUCACCUCUGAACCGAAAUUCGGGUUUCACUAUCUUCUACCUCCAUCAUGGCUGCAGCGCAAUCUCCCGCUCUCUCAGAAGCAAAGCCAACCAGUGUUAGCAAUUCUGUUGCCGGCACUGCUUCAGAGCUUUCUGGAUUUCCACACUACAAAGAACUUCAUAAGAACCUGCGCAACAAUGUGAAGAAGCUGAAUGCGACCGCUAAAGUUGACGCUAUCAUCGCCGAAAACCCGAAAAAGACGCUGGAUGACCUGGUUGCGGAGAAGAAGAUCAACAAUGACCAAAAGGCGCAAGCCCUGAAGAAACCUGCUCUUCAGGCCGCCGUUUCGCAGCUAGAGGAGCAGAUCGGUCAUUACAAGGAGUUCGCGACGUUCUACGAACAGCGCUUGGCUAGUCAGAAGGCGGAGCUCGAGAAGGCACACAAGGAACUGGAGGCUCUCCGAGAGGAAGUCGCCAAUGCACCAGCCGCUCAGGCAGCUCCUGAAGUGAAGAAGGAGGAUUUCAGCCAGCAGUUGCUCCGUGUGGCCAAGUUCCUCUGUGCUGCUGCGGUCAGGAGGCACCGUGGUCUCGGCUCUGAGGUUGACACACUCGCCUUUGAAGGUGUGCUGGCGCAAGUCUAUAGCGGUGAUCUUAAUGCAGUUGUUUCAAUGCAGAAGCUCAUCGAUGGCACUGAUGAGAAAGUUAGCAGUGUUGAGGGUAACAUACUAGACAUCACCUACUCCCAGGUCAUCCAGAUUUCCGAAGAGACAAAGGAUCCGGAGGCUGCGCCUACAUCUGACCCUACCGCAGCUAACGCAGCAUCCACCGAGCUCCAAGAUUCUACCUAUACUACCGAAGCUGCUUCAAACCAACCUACAGGUUCUGCGGCUGAAACUGAAAACGUUGCUCCACCCCCGCAGACGCUCGUUUCGGACGGUGCGAAUGCGGUCGCCGAAGCGGCCUGGGAGCCGCACAAUGAUCCCCUUGCCUCCUCCACGAACACGGAUGGCUUUGUCGAGAUUCCUCGUAAUCCGGCCGAAACAGACACCGGUCUCCAGGCAACACCUGCCAAUAUUAACGCCGACGUUGCACCCGAAGAAACCUCUGUACCCACCAAGCCUGGUGACAAUGGCCUCGACUCGGCCGGCAAUCACCACCAGAGGCAGCCUAGCUUCCGCGGACGUGGUCGCGGACGUGGCCGUGGUCGUGGUGACUUUCGCGGCCGUGGUCGGGGGGGCCGUGGUGGUCGAGGCCGCGGAGGACCAAACGGUGCUCCCGCUGCCACUCCUGCAUCCCAGUAGCUGACCACUGGUGACAAUGCCUAUAUCGGCUAUUUUGUUAGGGGAGGUAUCUGCCAAGCGACUUCUCUAUUUAUCUAUAGCCAGCGCCCCGUCUAUCCUGCCUUACGACCCUUCCCUUCGGCUCUACAGAUUGUCCAGUUUUAUUCCUCUCUAAUAAUCUCAUUUACGGGGUAACGGUGGUGUUAUGGUUCACGAAAGCAAUGAAUUUUCAAAACGAUACAACAAGACUUUGCAGAGAAAAUCCGCCAUUUCUUUUUUUUUU